UUCACCAGAGGAAACACAGAAUGAUUCUCCUGUCAGCUGUGGCUCUGUGCUGUGUGUGCUCAGCUCUGGUUACCACGGCAGCAAAGCUCCAACAGCCCCCUUUAUCACUGACCAGGAACGUUGGAGAAGAAGUCUCCAUCAGCUGUGAAGGCUUCAGCGAGUGUUAUGACAAUCGUGUGCUCUGGCUCCAGAAAACAGGCACAAAAACAACCAGAGUGAUUCUGCAGAUUGAUAGAGGGGAUGGUGCCAUAAGUAAAAGUUCUUAUAAUCAUCCUCAGAAAAAUGAUUUCACAGCUGUGAGGAAACAAAACAGUGUUGACCUGCAGAUCCAGAGGGUUAAACUCUCUCAUUCAGCCUCCUACUACUGCGCCUGUUAUAAACGAGUCACCCACAGAAAAUGGAGCGAGGUUUUUGUCACGGAGUUUUUCACUGUGGGAGUAUGGAACUACGACAGCUACUACCUGAUCUUUGGCUCAGGAACCAGACUGUUUGUUUCUGCCAAUCCGGUGGUUCAGCCUGAGGUGAGCAUCUACCCUGCAGCAUCCAGAUCCCCACUGGAGGAGAAGCGCUUGCUGUGCGUGUCCUCGGCCAUGUUUCCUCCUCUGGUCAGGUUCUCCUGGAGGAGACGACAAAAGAAGAGCGGACGUUCAGAGAACCUGCCCUCUUCUGAUGAACGGCAGCUCAGAGAGUCUGGAUGUACGGCCUCCAUCUUAGCGGUGGAUCAGAGAGAGAGCGACUCGUAUGAAUACAGCUGCUCCGUGCAGCACGAGGGAGGGGAAAAAGUGAAGACUCUGGCUCCAACAGAAUUUCCAACGUCUCUAGAACCUCCAACAUCUCCUCCAACAUCUCCUCCAACAUCUCCUCCAACAUCUCCUCCAACAUCCUCUCCUCCGUCACCUUCACCAUCACUUUCACCAGCUCCUCCAUCUCCAUCACUUCCUCCAUCCCCGUCUCCGUCUGUGUCUCCGUCUGUGUCUGUGUACAAGCUGAGGCUGCUCCUGCUGCUCUACACGCUGCUGAUAGUGAAGAGUCUGGUCUACUGCUGUGGACUCUUCCUGAUGACCGUCCUCAGGAACAAGAGACCGUCCACAGACUGCAGACAGGCUGGGUGACUGUAACCAUCAUCAUCUCAUCAGUUCAUCUCAUUGACUACUAAUACUUAUUGUCAAUGAUGACUUUAUCUAAUUAGAAGUAGUCUGACAACAUUUAGUGGAAACAUUUUACAACAAGGUUCACAAAACUUGGUACAGCUAACAGGAAACCAGUGAUUAACUCCUCGCUGU